AGGAAGGUUUUUCGCAUCCUUAUUUCCUGUGCGAUUGAGCGAUAAACACGACCACGCUCUCCUGCUAUAACCACCCCCUUAUUACGCCCCAUCAUGUUUGGCAACAAUGCUAUAACCUCUACGUGGGGCCAGAACAACAAUAACAACCAGCAGCAACAGCCUAGUGCGUUUGGUCAACCGAGCGCCUUUGGUUCGACAGGGUUCGGGAGCACCACUGGUACCAGCGCAUUUGGGCAACCGUCUCAACCGGCAAAUCCUAUGUUUGGUUUGGGUGGUGGGAGUAGUACAACUCCAUCGUCCGGGUUUGGCGCGUUCGGAAGCACCAGCAAUCAGAAUAACGCAGUAAAUCCUAUGUUUGGUGGUGCGAAACCGAAUAACGGUUUUGGCGCGUUUGGAGGUGGUACAGGUACAGGUGCAUUUGGAGGUGGAGGUGGAGGUGGAGGUACUGGUGGAGGUGGGGGGGGGACCAGUGCCUUUGGGCAGACAAGUAAUACUGGAACAUCUGCCUUUGGACAGCCCUCAAGCAGUACUGGCACAUCCGCGUUUGGGGGUGGAGGAAGCAGCAUAUUUGGACAAAACAAAGCCACUUCUGCGUUUGGAACUGCUACCACUACCUCUUCUCAACCGGUCACGACGGGUUCAUCUAACCCUCCUUAUGCUGCGAUGACUGAGAAAGAUCCCACCACCAAUGUCAAUUUGCAAUAUCAAGCAAUUUCAUGCAUGCCAGCUUAUCAGGGCACAUCCUUCGAGGAACUCCGUCUCCAAGAUUAUCAGCAGAAUCGAAAAACCGCCAGUACGAAUACAUUCGGACCGACUGCUUUUGGGGGCACACAAAGUACUGGCAGUAGCAUCUUCGGGCAAAACACUCAACAGAAUACGCAAACAAAUUCCAUCUUUAAUGCUCGACCGGCCAAUCCCGGGUUUGGUACCUUUGGUCAAGGCAACCAAGGAACGACUGGUAGUACUAGUUCGAUAUUCGGAGGCGGUUCAAAUACCACCCCCAGUGCGUUUGGCCAACCUCAACCGCAGACUAGCGGGUUUGGCACAUUCGGCCAACCGCAGCAGCAGCAACAACAGCAGCAACCACAACAACAACAACCCCAGACUGGAUCGAUAUUUGGGAACACCGGAACGGGGAGUGCUUUCGGGUCUACAGGUGGUGCAUUCGGAAAUGGGACGACUACCGGUGCUUUUGGCCAGGGCAAUCAGCAGCCCCAACAGCCCAGCAUAUUUGGGCAACCACAAAAUACCUCUGCCGGGACGACGGGUGGUUUUGGUACCUUUGGAAAUACAGCAAAUGCUAGUAAGCCCCCGAUCUUUGGGCAGCCCGCUGGACAGACAAACCAGCCUGCUACGGCUGGCUUUGGUGGGAACAUUUUCGGGAACCAGGCAAAUCAACAGCAGCAAAAUCCCACCCCAUCCCUCUUCGGUAACACUGGAGGGACCAAUCCUUUUGGAAACACGAAUACCAACCAGCAGCAGAGUCAACCGGCAGGAGCCUCAAUGUUUGGAAGUACCCAGGGCACCGGUACGACUAGCGGGGGUCUAUUUGGUGGUGGUGGAUUUGGCAUGAAUAACCAGAAUCUGCAACAACAACAACAACAACAACAACAGAACCAGCAGCCUGCAACGUCCGUGUUCGGAGGUAGUGGUCUGUUUUCCGGCGCUAACAAGCCUGCCACCGUCCCGGGGACUGGUCUCUUUGGAUCGUCAUUUGGUUCUCAACAGCCAGCUAUGAACCAAGGCGGAGGUCUGUUCGGUAAUUCGCUCAAUCAAACGACCAAUCAACCCCAGCAAUCUAUUUUGGGAGGUGGAGGUGGUCUUUUCGGUGCGAAACCACCUGUGCUGGGUCAAUCCAUCUCAAAUGGAGGAAAUGCUGGAAUAUUUGGAUCUUCUUUCGGCGCAUCGGCAAAUACACUAAAUAAUUCUGCUGCAACCGGUGCUCAAGGAACACUGACCGCGUCAAUUUCCCAGCCUAUCAGCGCCAACCUUCCGAUAUUUUCCAUGCUUCCUCCUGGUCCGAGGGCCGUUGAUUUGGAGCAAUCAAACAAGAAGAAGCCAAGUUUCUUUGUGGACAUGCCUACCCGAUCUCCAGUACCUCAUAUGAGCUAUACACCUACCAACUCGAAAUUGAGAGGAUUUGGUCCUUCACCGACUAAGAGUGGUAUCUUCAACAUUUCCACGAAUGCGAACGCCCUUGUAUUGAGCCGAUCACAGUCCCCUUCGAUAUUCAGUGGACCUCCCGCCAGUCCGUCUUUAGGUAGCGGUCAGCGCAAAAGUGUCAAAAAGCUGAUACUAGACAAGAAGGUUGAGCCCACCGACCUCUUCAUCAAAUCAAGCGAGUCACCUGGGAAGAUAGUCUUCAGUCCUGCAUUAGGGAUUAGCGCUCGCGAGAAAGAAGCUACCGCUCUUCUAGCUGCGCCCGCUACUACACCUCCAGUUAAAUCACCAACACCUCCCCGCCCCUCCCGUACACCGAAUAAAUUCACUGCGUCGCAACACAACACUGGUGCAGACGACUCUGGAGACCUACAAGAGGGAGACUACUACGUGAAACCGGAAUUGGCUGCCCUGAAGAAUGUGGGCUACGACCAGCUGACUUCGUUCAAGGACUUGGUUGUGGGGCGGAUCGGGUAUGGGGAGAUUCACUUCCUUGAACCGGUGGAUCUCACAGGCUUACCGAAGCUCGGCGCACUCCUUGGUGAGGUGAUACGGUUCGAGGAGAAGGAAUGCAGUGUGUAUCCGGAUAGCGAGGAAGUGGACAAGCCACCUCCUGGGUCGGGCCUGAACGUGAGAGCGAGGAUCAUUUUAAAGAGAUGCUGGGCCACAGGGAAAGCACACAGAGAACCAAUUAAAGACGAGAACAACCCAGUCGCGAUCAAACAUUUGAAGCGAUUGAAGGGUAUGAAUGACACGCAUUUCGAGAGUUUUGAUAUUAAUGACGGGACAUGGACCUUCACCGUUGAUCACUUCUAGUCGCUUGCGUUACUCCGAGCCCAUCUCGGAAUUCCUUCAUGGCGAGCGUCUUGAAUGGUUAUGAACAUCGGGUGUUUCCUAAUUUUACCCUUAGUGCAUGUCAUUUAUAGUAGUUAUAUUUCCGAGUGUCCCUAGGUAGAUCAUGUAUUCAAGUAUGUAGUUUGAAUGGAAGGAAGCCGCGAUGUGUGAA